UAUCCAGUAUAUCUUAAUUCGUGAUCAAGACACUGAUAAUACACAACACUAUAAUCACAGAUUAAAUAAAAAUUUAAUAUUUUAAUCCGUGCUAUAAACAGAAUAAGGCGGCUUUCGUAGUUUCACGGACUAGCGUCAUGGAUUCUACAACCACAAUGUUGAGAAGAUCCACUCUAGAUCGUGUCCACAUGUUUCCAGUUUCGUAGACCUUAUAAGACCGUUCCUUCCCCUACCACAGUAUAUAUUAUUAAUGUUUUUCCAUGAUAGUAAUGGUGUCGCGCUCUAUCGGUGUUUUGGUUAUUUGGCCGGUUUUGUGUCAAAAACAAUGAUAGUAUGAGAUCGCACAACCGCGAUGUCGACAAUUUGCACAGUUCAACAGUUCAAGUGUUCAACACUAUAGCACAAAACGGUAAGAAUCUUCAAUCUAGGACCUACAGGCUACAGCACUAUACAGAUUAGUGUCUAGUGAUUACUGAGAUCACUAUAGUUUAGUCGGACAGUUAGUUAGUACUUAGUUGUAGCAUAGAACAUUAUAUUAUUCUGUGUCAGAAGUCAGUACUAUAUCACUACGAUUACACGAGUUGUCAACUGUCAAAAAACAUUGUCAAGAAUACUAUAAGGCGUAUAUCAUAGUGCAAUACUGGUAUCAAGUGACUCAAGCCUGAAAUCUGGAGCUGGACUCAGUGGAUAGUGUGUUGAAGCAAUACCACCUAAAAAUUAUGUCCUCCUCGAACUGUCAUUCGUUGGCUGCAAGGUGAUAUACCGGCCUACCCCCACUGGUUCGACAAGGCUCCUUCAAGAUGAACAAACCGCAGUUGAAACCCGAACAGCACAAGAAAUAUUUUCGCCGCUCAUUGGACCUGUUGCCCGGUGAGGUAGCCGUGUUUGAUUAUUCACGUCUAACCAUACUGUAUUUUGCUCUCAUCGGUUUGGACAUAUUGGACGGUUUAGAUUCACUCACUGAUGAUCGUAAGAAGGACAUUGUUGAGUGGGUGUACAGGUUGCAGUUGGUACCCAAUGAAUAUUGUUCCGUGCACAAAUGUGGUUUCAUGGGUUCCACCACCGUCAUUCAUUUGAAGAAUCAACCCGGCUGUGAAAAGUAUUGCGAAAGCAACGUUGCUAUGACGUACAUGGCAUUGUGUAUUCUGAUAACAUUGGGUGACAAUCUGAGCCGUGUAAAUAAAUCGGCCGUACUUCGAGGUGUAGCGUCUCUGCAGAAAUCCGAUGGCAGUUUCAAAAGCAACUACGAACAUGGUGAGAGUGAUUUGAGAUUUGUGUACUGUUCACUUGCAAUAUGUAACAUAUUGAACGAUUCAUCGAGUAUCAAUGUAAAUAAUGCCAUUAAAUUCAUUUCAAAUUGUCUGAACUAUGAUGGAGCAUUUGGACAAAACCCAGGAACUGAAUCGCAUGGUGGUUCUACUUAUUGUGCAAUUGCGUCAUUAUCUCUAUUAAAUAAAUUAAAUCUUGUGUUAGAUGAAAACAAAUCUAGAAUAUUAGAGCGCUGGGCAGUAAAUCGACAAACCAAUGGCGGUUUUCAAGGAAGACCUAAUAAAGAUCCAGACACUUGCUAUUCCUUCUGGUUGGGUGCUACACUCAGUAUUAUGGGAUCACUUAAUAGAAUAAACAAAGAGAGAAAUAGAGAUUUUGUUCUAAAUAAUGCAAAUUUAUUGACUGGUGGGUUUAGUAAAAACAUGGACUCUAUACCAGAUCCAAUGCACACCUGCUUAAGCUUGUGUGGAUUAAGUUUGAUUGGAGAAGAAAACCUAAACCCUAUUAACCCUGCAUUAAAUAUUACCGCGAGGGCGGCAAAUUAUUUAAAACAAAUUCAAGGAGAUUAUACAUUACCAAACAAAAAUAUAUUCAAUACAGAUACUGAAUGUUAAAUGAACUGUGCCUACAUUACAUUUUAAUUUUUAAGAUAAAAUAAAACUAGCAAUUAGUCUACAUCAACUAUGACUGAUUUAUAUUUUUUUUUUACAACUGAACAAUUAAAAAUAUACCAAAUAAAUGUCUAUUAAAAUAAACUAAAAUAUUAUAUA